ACGAAUGGAAACGGAAUGCAGAAGAAACAGCAAAAAAUAGAGAUGAAUGGAAACAGAAUUCGGAAAAAUGGGAAAAUGAAGCAAAAGAAUGUGAAAAACAUAGAAAAGAAACAGAAAGCAAAAUAAACGAAAUCAUAACCUCUCAUCUAAGCAUCAACAUUACCGAAAUUGAAAACCUAUCAACUAUUGAAAAAUUAGAUACCAUCCUAAACACAAUCAAACAAGAAGUUAAAGAAUAUCUAAAACUGUUAAAAAUGCCAUUCCAAACUGGUGAUAGUUUAAUGUCGAUGCUCAAAAAAUUAGUAAAAGCUUGUGAAGAAGUUGGAAUUGAAACCGGUGUUCAAGAAAAUUUAUUAAGAUCUUUGAAAAUUUUGGAUCCUGAAACGAAAAUAGAUGAUCCUAAAUCUUUUAAUGGAAACCCCGGGUAUGGAAGUAUGGACGACCUAGUAAAAGCAUGUUAUGAAAAAGGUUGGGUGAAAGAUUCUGAUCCUGAAUUUAUUGGUAAAGAAUUUGAAUCCCAUCCUGAACUUAGUUUUGUUAGGAAAUUAAUGAGAUGCCAUUAUUAUAUGGUCGGAAAAAGUAACCCGUUUAGUGUGAAAACAAUGGCAGAAAAUUUGCUUGCGAUAACUAACCCCAAUCAAGAAAAACUAUGGAAAUGCUUGAAAAUAUUAACACCUGAAAUUUCUGAUUUUAAUCCUGAAUACAAUUAUAUCGAUGACUUGGUGAAAGCAUGUUAUGACCAUGGACCAACCGCAAAAAAUGAUCCUAAUUAUAAAGACAAAGGAUAUAAACAUAAGCCAGAUAUUAAAUUUAUUAAAAAAUUAAAUAGAUGUUAUUUUUAUUUGAUCAAUGAAAAUCAUGAACUAAAAAGCGUUGAAACCAAAAUCGAUGAUUUAAUCACAAUAGCCAAACCCAAUCAAGAAAAACUAUGGAAAUGCUUAAAAUCAUUAGAACCUGAAAUUUCUGAUUUUAAUCCCGAAUAUGAUUAUAUCGAUGACUUGGUGAAAAGUAUUUCUGGUCAAGCCGACCAUAUACAAAAAAUUAUUAAUGAAUUAAAUACUGAAAAUAAAACCUUAAAAUAUGAAAACAAAGAAUUAAAAAAAAAUAACUCUGUUUUAAAAACGUUCAAAGAAGAAAAUGAAAAAUUAAAAACCCAAGUAAACGAUAAAAACAAUGAUAAUACUACGUUAAAACAACAGUUAGAAAACUGUAAUAAGGAUCUAAAAAAUAUCGAACUGCAAACUGAAAAAUGUCUAACCGCAUUGGGAUCGAAAUACAACAAAGAUACCACUUUAGACCAAAAUAUGAACAAACUCGUUGAAUUAUGUGAAGAAUUAACUAUUUUUA